AUGGCUGUCGACACCAUCGUUUCCGAGCCCCAUCUAGUGGCCGUUUUGCAAGUAUCCGAUCAAGCACGCGACCAGGCUCACACGCUUCUUCGCCAGACGGACGAGGGCGUUGACUCCCUUACCACGGCCGAGUCGCAAGCUGAGAUUGCCAAGCAGCAGAAGUAUCUGUUUACUAGUAUAUCACACCUUCGGGGUCUGCAUCGAAGCGCUUGCAUCUCCGCCCGCGAAACUAAAGCCCGGACUGCCGAGGCUCGUCAAGAGGUCGACCGCCUACAUCUUCAGCUGCAAAACCUUUACUAUGAACAGCGACAUCUGCAAGGGGAGAUAUCAGCUUGCGAAUCAUAUGACCACAAAUACCAGCAACUUCCCCUUAUUCCCGUCGACGAAUUUCUAGCUCAGCAUCCCGAGCAUGCAGCUGACGACGAGGAUGAGCUCAUGGUCGCGAGGAUUGACCACGAACGCGCGGAGCGUGAGGCUCUGGAGCAGCAACGUCAAGAGCUGCUGAAACGGAAGCAAAAACUUAUUGCCGAGAAUAAGAGACGGAAGGAUGACUUGGCAAACCUGGACCAGGACCUUGAAAAAUUCAUCGACGCCGCGAAACCAAUCUUGGAGCUUUUUGAAAAAGCACCUUGA